CGAACGGCGGCGUUCCCGGCGGCGGCGGCGGGGCGAUGUUGACCUCGCGCUCCUUCCUGAAGCGCACGCGCGGCGGCGCCGUCCUCAAGGUGGUCCGCGAGCACUACCUGCGCGACGACGUGGCCUGCGGGGUGCCGGGCUGCCCGCUCUGCGGCGGGGAGGCCCCCCAGCGCGGCCUCGAGGCCGCCCCCGGUUCUCCCGCCAGCCCUCUCGUCCCGCGGCCCCACUACCUGCUCUUGGACACCAACGUGGUGCUACACCAGGUGCGCCCGGAGUGGAGUCUCCCUCGGAGGGCUUCUCCGCGUGGCCUCCUUUCCCAGAUCGACGUGCUGGAAGAUGCGGCCAUUGGGAACGCCAUCGUCCCGCAGACAGUCCUGCAGGAGGUGCGGAAGCGCAGCGCAGCCGUCUACGGGCGCAUCAAGGACGCCAUUGCUGCCCCCGAGAAGCACUUCUACGCCUUCACCAAUGAGCAUCACAAAGAGACCUACAUAGAACAAGAACGAGGAGAAAAUGCAAACGACCGCAAUGACCGAGCCAUUCGGUUGGUAGCCAAGUGGUAUCAGGAGCACUUGAGAAAAUCGCAAGGGGAAGAAAGCAUCCUGGUCAUCUUGCUCACAAAUGACCGCAAAAAUAAAGAGAAAGCUGUAGAAGAGGGAAUAACCACAUUUACCUGUGAAGAGUACGUAAAGAGCCUAAUCGGUCAUCCCGAGCUUAUGGAUCGGCUUGCUUGCUUGAAUGAUGAAGAGAAUGAAAUUGAAAGCAGCAAGAUCAUUUUCCUGGAACAUCUCCCGCUCAGCAAACUGCAGCAGGGCAUUAAGUCCGGCCUUUACCUUCAGGGCACCUUCAGAGCUAGCAGAGACAAUUACUUGGAAGCCACAGUUUGGAUUCACGGCAAUGACCAAGAAAAAGAGGUAAUAAUACAAGGGCUUAAACACUUAAAUCGUGCUGUGCAUGAGGAUAUCGUAGCCGUGGAACUGCUGUCCAAGGAUGCUUGGGCUGCUCCAUCUUCUGUGAUUCUGCUUGAUGAUGAGACCAAGAAUGAGGAAGAAGAUAUUGAAAAAGAAGAGGAAGAUCAAAACAAGCUGAAGACUUCAGUGAACACGGCAAUGCUACGACCAACAGGCAAAGUUGUGGGGAUUAUCAAAAGAAACUGGAGGCCAUAUUGUGGCAUGCUGUCUAAAUCACACAUUAAAGAGGCCAGGCGGCAUUUAUUCACGCCAGCUGACCGAAGAAUUCCUCGAAUUCGGAUAGAAACCAGGCAGGCUUCUAUCCUCGAAGGGCAAAGAAUCAUUGUGGCUAUUGACGGAUGGCCUAAAACAUCCCGGUAUCCCAAUGGACAUUUUGUAAAGAAUUUGGGAGCAGCUGGCGAUAAGGAGACGGAGACCGAAGUCUUGCUACUUGAACAUGACGUUCCUCAUCAGCCCUUUUCUCAAGCGGUUCUUAGUUUCCUGCCCCAGAUGCCCUGGAGCAUCAGUGACGAGGAUAUGAAGCAGAGAGAGGACUUGAGGCAACUGUGUGUGUGCAGCGUGGAUCCUCCUGGGUGUACCGAUAUCGAUGAUGCGUUGCACUGCAGGGAACUGGAAAAUGGAAACUUGGAGGUUGGGGUGCACAUUGCAGACGUCAGCCACUUCAUCCGACCAGGAAAUGCUCUAGACGAAGAAUCAGCCAAAAGGGGCACCACAGUGUAUCUGUGUGAAAAGAGAAUUGAUAUGGUUCCCGACCUGCUGAGUUCCAAUUUAUGUUCGCUGAGAUCCAAUGUGGACAGGUUUGCCUUUUCGUGUAUUUGGGAAAUGAAUCAGAAUGCUGAAAUCCUGGCGACUAGAUUUACAAAAAGUGUCAUUAAUUCCAAGGCUUCGCUUACCUAUGCGGAGGCCCAGAUGAAAAUAGACUCUGCCACGUUGAAGGAUGACAUUACCAUGAGCCUCCGUGGGCUGAACAGGUUGGCUAAAAUCCUUAAGAAACGUCGGCGAGAAAAAGGGGCUUUAACUCUUUCUUCACCCGAGGUUCGAUUCCACAUCGAUAGCGAAACCCACGAUCCAAUUGAUUUGCAGACGAAGGAACUCAAAGAGACCAACUCCAUGGUGGAAGAGUUUAUGCUGCUGGCUAACAUCUCCGUUGCCCAAAAGAUCAACCAGGAAUUUUCAGAGCACGCCUUGCUGAGGAAGCAUCCGGCUCCCCCACCCUCCAAUUACGACAUCCUGGUGAAGGCUGCAAAGUCUAAGGGUUUGGAAAUCAAGACCGAUUGUGCAAAAUCCCUGGCCGACUCCCUUGACAAAGCCGAGUCUCCUUCUUUCCCCUACCUGAAUACCCUCUUACGCAUCUUAGCCACCCGCUGCAUGAUGCAAGCCGUGUACUUUUGCUCCGGCAUGGACAGUGACUUUCACCAUUAUGGUUUAGCGUCGCCCAUAUAUACGCACUUCACCUCUCCAAUCAGAAGAUACGCUGAUAUUAUAGUACAUCGACUCCUGGCGGUCGCUAUCGGGGUGGACAGUACUUACCCUGACCUCACCGACAAACAUAAAUUGGCAGAUUUGUGCAAAAAUCUCAAUUUUCGGCACAAAAUGGCUCAGUACGCUCAGAGGGCUUCCAUUGCUUUCCACACCCAGUUGUUUUUCAAAAACAAGGGUGAGGUCAGUGAAGAGGCCUACAUCCUGUUUGUCAGGAAGAAUGCCAUUGUGGUUCUAAUUCCCAAAUACGGUUUAGAAGGCACGGUUUUCUUUGAAGAAAAGGCCAAGACAAAUGAAAGACUUGUCUUCAACGAUGAGAUUCCUUCUCUCACGGUGGAAGGCACAACUUUCUGCACCUUUGACAAGGUUAAAGUCAGAAUCGUGCUGGAUUCUUCCAACGUUCAGCAUCAGAAAAUCCGGAUGACGCUGGUGGAGCCCAAGAUAUUAGGCUAUUCCAGCGAUGCUACACAAUCAAGUGGUAAUGAAGAACCAGAAAUGAAAAAGAAGAAAGUGAAAAAGUAACUUCAUUUUAGAAAUGAAUGAAUGUUAUUUGGUUUGGAGAUAAAUUAUAUUUGGGGGGGAGGGAAAGGAUCUUUUUUAUACUUGUAGAAAAGACUUUUAAAGAAAUUUAACAUUUGUCCAGUUUUAAAACCAUCCCUGAUAAAUAAUACAAUUGUGUACUCCUGUUCAUAUGGCUUAUUAAAAGAAUCUAACCAAAACUGAACUUCUGGAUCUUUCUCCAGAAGCAGGAAACAACACGAUAUUUUAAAAUUUCCGUGAUAAAAGAAAGUAAAUACAGAGGUUUUGUCAAUUUAGGACUGCAUUCCAGCCUUUUCAUUUGGAUGCACCUUUUAAUUCGUCAGCAAAACAAAGCUAGUUUCUAAAAUCUUUUAAACUAUUUUUCAGUCCCUUGGUCUAUCUUUGUAAAAAAAAAAAAUAAUACUUAUCACAGAUCAAAAGCAGAGAGCUGCCAGGAAAUACCCAUGUUAAUGUUCAGUUUCCAGGCUCCAAUGAGGGUCUUUCCCCACCCCCACCCCAUGGUAUGGAGAUACUUGAUAACGAUUGAAGUAUUUGUGAUAUGAUGCUACUGCCAGAUAAAGCUAUUUUAAGAAGAGCACCUGCUUCCAUUUUCUAGAAGAAAACAAGCGGAGCAGGAGGAAAUGAAUUAGAAGGGAGCAUAAUCCCCAAAGGAUUGACAGUUAAAGUUGUAAGCUUCCGAUUCACAAUUUGCGCUUCAAGUUUUCUAAUCUGCAUCUCUCUUGUUACAGAUAAAAUUACCAAUCCCCAGUUACUUAAUUAACUUACUUAAUGAGCGCUGUAAAGAAAAUCCAGUUCCCAGCUAAUUAGGUGGGAUGGAUUAAACAGCCAAGGAAGAAAAGUUAAAGUGAAGUUAAAUGGGGAAAGUGCCUUCUCUAUUACUGAGAGUCCCAGCAACCUGGCCAUGCUGAGCUUUUCCAUAGCAAGGCUGAAAUAUAGCAAAAGAUAACUUGUCUAUGUAGAUUCUCAAUCAUCCAGGUCAUGGUUGUCCCAAAGAUGCUUUUUCCAAAAGCAUCUUGGUUUUUCUUUGAAGAUGUUUCGCUUCUCAACUCAAUUGAAGAAGCUUCUUGGAUGAGAAGCGAAACGUCUUCAGAGAACAACCAUACAGUUCAGUUGCCAUUUGACCUUUGCACCUUUGGGACAGCAAAAUAUAACGUUACAGCAAUUUUUUAAACACAAGACAUUGAGAUUUAGGAUUUUGUACAUGCGUUCAGUAGUUCCUGUAAAGGUUAAAAAAAUAUAUGAAGUUGAGCCAUUCUCUGGCUUUUAUCUUGGCAUUAGCCAACCUAAGAUGGCCAUUUUAAUAGGAAAGGAGAGGUGGUGUUUCCUUACUGUGCAGAACUACAGUACUUGUUAAAAAACAAACAAACAAAAAAAAAAAGGACAAAAGCACUCUAAGCUACUAACAUGGGCUUUUCAGAGUAUAACAAAUUAGGCUGGGAAACCAUGGUUAUCUUAAACGUAUAGUUUUUUUUUAAUGAUGAAACAUAAUUCCAGUCCAGUAUUUAAAACAAAACAAAACAAAACAGAAGUUUUGUAGAACAUUGACUUUUUUGUGCAAAAUGUAUUUCUAGCCUCCUGUUGAAACCAACGUCGUUCUUGUUUUGCAUUGGUAAUAAAACUUUGAUAAACGGGGGGAAAAA